AUGUCGUCCUCAUUCCCUUGCGUCGCGAGGCAGGCCCUCCACCAGUCCGCCAGACGACUCUCGACCACCUACCGCCCUCGCCUUCUAUCGUCUCGCAUCGCCGCCACUCGUUCAUACGUCUCCGAGAGCUCGCCGCGAAACGCCACUAUCAAUGUCGAAUCCACCAUCAAGGCCGACCAGAAGGCUUUCCUCCAGGAGACUGGCAUCAAGCCCAAGGAUGCUACCAUGCCCACCACGGGCAUGAGUGCCGAAGCCAUGAUGAGCCCCACUGCCGGCAUCCUCAAGCAAGCCACCAUCAUGGACCAAGGAACUCGCCCCAUCUAUCUCGAUGCCCAGGCCACCACUCCAACCGAUCCCAGAGUCUUGGACGCCAUGCUUCCUUACUUCACCGGUCUCUACGGCAAUCCGCAUUCACGAACCCACGCCUAUGGUUGGGAGACGGACAAGGCUGUCGAGCAAGCUAGAGCCAACAUUGCAGAACUCAUUGGCGCAGACCCCAAGGAGAUCAUCUUCACAUCAGGCGCCACCGAGAGUAACAACAUGAGCAUCAAGGGUGUUGCCCGCUUCUUCAAGCGUGGUGGCAAGAAGAACCACAUCAUCACCUGCCAGACCGAGCACAAGUGUGUCCUCGACAGCUGCCGCCACUUGCAAGACGAGGGUUUCGAAGUCACAUAUCUGCCUGUCCAGUCGGAUGGCAGAAUCGACAUGAAGGAGCUGGAAGCUGCCAUGCGCCCCGAUACCAUGCUCGUCUCGAUCAUGACGGUCAACAACGAGAUUGGCGUUGUUCAGCCCAUGGAGGAGAUUGGCAAGUUGUGCAGAUCCAAGAAGAUCUUCUUCCACACCGACGCUGCCCAGGCCGUUGGCAAGAUCCCUCUCGAUGUCAACAAGCUCAACAUCGACCUCAUGUCCAUUUCUGGUCACAAGAUCUACGGUCCCAAGGGUAUCGGUGCCUGUUACGUCCGCAGAAGACCGCGUGUCAGACUCGACCCCAUCAUCAGCGGUGGUGGUCAGGAGAGAGGUUUGAGAAGUGGAACCAUCGCUCCUCCUCUUGUCAUUGGUUUCGGUGAGGCUGCAAGGAUUGCAAAGGAAGAGAUGGAUCGUAUUUCCGCUCUCUCCAAGAAGCUGAGCGAUGGUCUGCUCGCUAUGGAGCACACCACUCUCAACGGAUCUCCCGAAUUCCACUAUCCCGGUUGCGUCAACGUCUCAUUCGCCUAUGUCGAGGGAGAAUCUCUCCUCAUGGCCCUCAAGGAUAUUGCACUUUCCUCCGGCUCUGCCUGCACAUCCGCAUCCCUCGAACCCUCAUACGUUCUCCGUGCUCUCGGCAGCAGUGACGAGAGUGCUCACAGCAGUAUUCGUUUUGGUAUCGGUCGCUUCACCACCGACGCCGAGAUCGACUACGUCCUCAAGGCCGUGCAAGAACGUGUUGCUUUCUUGCGCGAGUUGAGUCCUCUGUGGGAGCUUGUCCAGGAAGGUGUCGAUCUCAACACCAUUGAGUGGAGCGGUCACUAA